AUGGGAGAUAUAUAUAAUGAUAGUAAAUAUGAAAAUAUUGUAAAUGGCAAAUCUCAAAUAGGAAUAGAUGAAAAUUAUAAAUCCCGUAAUACAAGAUAUAAUGAAUUAUAUAAUAAAUAUUAUGACAAUAAAAAUAAAGUUAAAGAAAAAGACAAUAAAAUGAAUUCAUAUUAUGAUAAUAAAUUAAAUGAAAUAUUAAGAAGAAGAAGAAAUAUUAUAGAGAAUAAUCAAAGUGAUGAAGAUCCUCGAUUGGUAUAUCCACGUGAUGAGUCUAAUAAUUCACAAACAAAAAGAUUUAACAGAAAUAUCACGGAUGUAAUAAAUAAAUAUAGGAAUAGUAUAGGAAAUGGACAUAGUAGAAUUCAUAGUAAAAAAAAAAAAAAUAUAAAUAAUUCUAGAUAUACAUAUUGUGAUGAAAGAAAUAUGUCUAUAUCCAAUGAUCGAAAUAUGUUAUUAAAUACAAGAUAUAAUCUUUUAGAGAAUCCAAAUAAAAAUAUAAUUCAAAUUGAUGAUAGAAAAAAAAUAAAUCUUUACAAGGAUACAUCAGCUUUAGACAAUUUUACUCAUCACUCUUAUCGAAAUCAAAGUAAAACAAGUCAAUGGCUUUAUGAGUCUAAAAAUCAUAAUGAAAGAACAGUAUCUCCAAAUUAUUACCCUACUGAUAAUUUUAGUAUAAAACAAAAAAAAAAUAAAAUUGAUAGUAGUAAUAUAAUUAAUAGUUUAUCAAGAGGGGAUACAAAUAUUAACGAUGAUCUUAAAUAUUAUAAAAAUGGAAGAAGUCAAUAUAAAGAUGAAAUUGGUAGGUAUGAUGCAUAUUCCCAUUUAUCAUUAUAUAGCAAUUUUGGUGAAAAUAAUUUUAAAAAUAAUCCUGAUUUUUUUCAAAAAUGUCCUAGUGAAUCAUUAUGUGUAGAUAAUUAUAAAAUGAUGUUAAAAAAGGGAAGCUUAGUAAAACCUGAUAAUAAUAUGAAGCAUACGAGAUUGAAAGGAAAUAAUGAAAUAUAUUCGAGUAGCGAACUAGGACAAUCAGAUAUGGAUAGAGGAAUGAAAUAUGAAAAACCAUUUUAUCGAUUGUCUAAUCAUAUCACAGAUGAAUUAGAAACAGAGGAUAUGGGAUAUUCACAUUUUUUAGACAAAGAAAAAAAUCGAAAAAAAAAAAUUAAAAAUAAAUUAAAAAGUAUGAUGAGUAGAAGAAAUUCAGUAAAUGAAAAAUAUGAUAAUAUUAAUAGACCUUAUACAAUAAACAAUUUUAAUCGAUUUGAAAAUUCAAGUCAAUACAGUGAUGAUGAGGAUGGUGAAAAUAGUUAUAACAUUGGGAAGUAUGAUCAAAGUAAAGAUAAAAUAUAUAAAAAUCUCAACUGUUCUGAUGCUAUCACAAAAUAUAAAUCAAAUACAUCUUCUCUAUAUAAUGACAAAAAUACAAUUUUAAACACAUCACAACUAGAAAAUUAUGAUCAAAAUAGGAUACUAAUAAAUAGUUAUUCUGGUAAUCCAUAUUUUAUAGAUAAUAAAUUUGACCAUAUUUAUCAAAAUGAUGAAAGAAAAUUUAAAGAAAGAAAAAAUUAUGGAAAAAAAAAUAUGAUCGAUACAGGACAUUUAAAUAAUAUAGAUGCAGAAAGUGUAAAUUCAAAUAAUGUCAAAAGUACACAGUUGCAUAUUAGUCGUAUCUCACAUGGCUCUAAUGAUUUUUCUACUUUAUAUGAUUAUAGUAAUAAUUCAAAAUAUAGACACAGUAAUAACAAUCGCGACCAAAGUAUUGGAACACAUAAAAGAAAUCAAUAUUUAAAUCGUGACAAAAUAAAUAAUUUAUUUUUAGAAAAUAAUAAAAUGUCAUCAACUAAUUUACAUACAACAAAUUGUAGUGACACACAUAAAUCGAUUCAUAAUUCUCAAUAUACCAACUAUGGUAAUUAUGGUUUAAAUGAAAACAAUAACAAUCUUGGUACUACUUCAAAUUAUUAUAAUAAUUGGGAAGGAAGUAAUACUUUGUUGUCAGCUAGCCAUUUUUCUACAAAAAAUAAAACAAAAAGAAAAUCCAAAAGCAGAAAUAAUUCACAAAUAUCUAGAGAAUAUAUUUUUACCCAAAAUGAUGAAAUGGAAAACAAUAAAUGUUAUAAUGACAUAGAUGAAGAAGAUCAUAUUAGUUUGUCAAAUAAACAUAAUGAAAUACUGAACAGGCAAGGUAAAUAUCCUUUAAAUGACAUGCGAAAUAGCUAUAAUUAUCAUCCCGAUUAUGCCGAAAAUUAUAAUGACAUGUUUUGUGGUGUUAAUAUUUUUUCAAAAAAUAAAAAAAAAAAAAAUAUGAAAAAAAGUACAAAUUCUGAUUUACCGACAAAACUAAAAAAAGAAAUAUUAUUAGACAGUCUUUUAAAUCAUGAUGAUGAGGAUCAUGAAGAUAUGGGUUAUCCUGAAAACGGAUUAUAUGCAAAAGAAAUAAAUCAAAGAGGUGAUAAAUUGAAAAAAAGGUAUAGCAGAGAAGAAGAUACAAACAAUCCACAUACAUAUCAAUAUGGUAUUUUCAAUAAUUUAAAACAUAGAUUAUUUACACGACCUAUGCAUAUUGAUGAUUUAAAUGGGGAUAACUAUGAUGCCAAUUAUGAUGUAAAUUAUGGAGAACCAUAUGAUGAUUCAAAUUAUGAAACAAAUUAUUAUUAUGACUAUACACAAAGGUGUAAUAGUAAAAAUAUAAAUAAUUAUAAUGAAAGUUUUUAUGAACAAAAUAAUCAGAAUAAUAAUAAAAAGUUUUCAUUAAGCUCAUUAUAUUAUCAAGAAAUAUUUGUUUUAAUUUUAAUUUAUAUUUUUAAAAUGAUAUAUUAUAUUAUUUAUUAUAUUUUUCAUUUUUUUAAGCAAUUUUCAAUUUAUUUAUUUAAUAAAAUAAAUAGAGUUUCACCAAAAUAUAUAAUUAUUUCAGUUAUUGUUUCGUUGCCAUUUUUAUUGUUUGUCUUGUCCUCAUUAUUACUAUCUUAUAGAAGUUUGAACAUUGAUUAUUAUGAUCGGGAUAUUUGA